AUGGAUGUGGCAACUUAUGCUUCCGAUCUGUGGAACAUUCAUAUGAUGCAUUUCUUGGACGACGAACAAAGUUGGCGUUUGUUCAAUCACAAGGUCUUCGGCCAUCAAGAAUGUCCUCUUGAGCUACAAAGUGUUGGGGAAAAAAUUGUAAAAGGAUGUGGAGGACUGCCUCUCCAAAUUGUUACUGUGGCAGGAAUUUUAUCCAGAAUUCCUAGAACUUCCAAGGUGUGGCAGCAAAUUGAAGUAAAUGACGGGCAGUUGGGAUCAAUAUUAUCUUUGAGUUACAACCACUUGCCUCCAUAUUUGAGGCCGUGUUUCUUGUAUAUGGCAGCCUUCCCUCAAGAUUAUGACAUCCAUGCCUCUGAACUCAUCAAACUUUGA